ACGAAUGUAUUGACGGUUUUCUGGUCUGCCGGUUUUUUUUUUGGUUUUGUUAUUUAUUUUUUUUAAUUUUUUUUAAUUGUAUGAGUAUUUGUAGUUGUCAUGUACUAUUAAAGUUCGUCAUUGUAGUAAAAACAAGUAAACUAUACAGCUCGCGCUUUACGCUAGCUUUAUGAUAACAAGGACGACUACUCACCACUACGAUUUCAUAUGCUAGCUCAUGCUCCUUUCCGCUUGCUAAAGCUCGACGAGACGACAUUCGAUUUCACGUAAAAAAAUUUGAAGUUGCAAAUAAAGAAAUGGCGUUAAAAUCAGGAGAGGAACGUCUGAAGGAGAUGGAGGCGGAGAUGGCUCUGUUUGAGCAAGAGGUUCUUGGUGGCCCAGUGCCACUGUCAGGAAACCCACCUGUCAUGGAGGCGAUACCUGUAGCUUUGGCUGUCACAGCGCUACCAGUAGUCCGACCAAUUAUUGGCACCAACACCUACAGACAGGUCCAGCAAACACUAGAGGCCAGAGGGGCUUUUGUUGGACCACCACCGACCUUUGUUGGACCAGUCCCUCCAGUACGUGCUCCCCCUCCUCCAAUGAUGAGACCAGCCUUCGUUCCCCAUAUUUUACAGAGACCUGGUGGUCCGAGGCUCCAUAUCAUCCGCGGCCCUCCUGUAGCCCCUCCUAUGCCACGGCCUCCUCCGCCUCCACCCAUGAUUUCGACUUCCAUGCAGGGCCAAACACCUCAGGGCCUUUCUCCACCGAUCCAACACAUGACUACCGCACCGCCGGUCAGUGAUGUGAUGUCGAUAGUGCCCUCCCCACCCACAAGAACAGGAGUCCCGACUUCCAACAAGCCCCCUACAAUCUUCCAAGCAGCGCCAACUGUUUAUUCUGCACCUCCUGUCACUGUUGCACCCCGAAAAAAUGACGCAAGAGCUCAGCGGCAAGCCAGAAUGGAGGAGCUGGCAGCUCGGGUUGCCGAGCAACAGGCUGCAGUGAUGGCAGCAGGACUCCUGGAGAAGAAGGAGCGUGAAGACAGCGGGGCCGUCAUCGGACCCAGCAUGCCUGAGCAUGAGCCUGCACGCAAUGAGGGUCGUGGGCGUGCUGGAGCCUAUCCCAGCUGUCAUCGGGCAGGAGGCGGGGUACACCCUGAACUGGUUGCCAGCCAAUCGCAGCCUGUGGAAACUUCCUCGGAAGACAAAAAGGGAAAGCCGAAGUCAGAGAAAAUAAAGAAGUGCAUUCGAACGGCAGCAGGGACUUCCUGGGAGGAUGCCAGUCUGUUGGAGUGGGAACCAGAUGACUUCCGUAUAUUCUGUGGGGAUCUUGGUAAUGAGGUCAACGAUGACAUACUGGCCAGAGCCUUCAGCAGAUAUCCGUCAUUCCUCAAAGCGAAGGUGGUGCGAGACAAGCGCACAGGAAAGACAAAAGGCUAUGGCUUUGUCAGCUUCAAAGAUCCAAAUGAUUAUGUGCGAGCCAUGAGGGAGAUGAACGGGAAGUAUGUUGGCAGCCGUCCCAUUAAACUGAGAAAGAGCAUGUGGAAGGACCGCAACAUGGAGGUUGUACGAAAAAAGCAGAGAGAGAAGAAGAAGCUAGGCCUUAGAUAGAUAGAUAGCCUUGCAGACUGCAUUGACAUCUCUGCAAAUGGACUAAGAUGUGAUUUGCUCCCCCUCCCUCCCAGAGGACACGUCACCCCGCGACCCCACCCAUGGUGUUUUCUCAAGAAUUAACCCAUUUUAAAAUAUUUGCUCAGCAUACAGUCAUCCAAGUUUUGUUACAUUCAUCACUGUUCAUUUUAUUGCAAGCUCAGAUCACAAAAUGCAGAUUGUACAACUUUCUUUAGCUCUAGAAGUGAAGGCUUUGUUUCACUUUAUUCCUUUCCUUUAGAUAUGUGGAAGUCACUGCUCAAUGCAUGUAUCAAUAUUUAGUGGCAGAGAGAGGUCACCAGACCCAUACUCGCAGUUCAGCAUCUUCAGAUUCCCCUAUCUGCAAUUUAUUUUUUUGGGUGGGGUGGGGCCACCCUGAUUUAUUGAUGGCUUAAAAAAUAAAUAAAAAUCCAAUACAAUUAUAA